GUUACGUAUACUCUGCGCCGGAAGAAGAACCUGAGAACGCUUUUGGGACUAUGGCGGCGGUGGAUAUCCGAGAUAAUCUGCUGGGAAUCUCUUGGGUUGACAGUUCCUGGAUCCCUAUUUUGAACAGUGGAAGUGUCCUGGAUUACUUUUCAGAAAGAAGUAAUCCUUUUUAUGACAGGACAUGUAAUAAUGAAGUGGUCAAAAUGCAGAGGCUAACAUUAGAACACUUAAAUCAGAUGGUUGGAGUGGAAUACAUCCUUUUACAUGCUCAAGAGCCCAUUCUUUUUAUCAUUCGAAAGCAACAGCGGCAGUCCCCUACUCAAGUUAUCCCCCUGGCUGAUUACUAUAUUAUUGCCGGAGUGAUCUAUCAGGCACCAGACUUGGGAUCAGUUAUAAACUCUAGAGUGCUUACUGCGGUACAUGGCAUUCAGUCAGCUUUUGAUGAAGCUAUGUCAUACUGUCGAUAUCAUCCCUCCAAAGGGUAUUGGUGGCACUUCAAAGAUCAUGAAGAGCAAGAUAAAGUCAAACCUAAAGUCAAAAGGAAAGAAGAACCAAGUUCUAUUUUCCAGAGACAGCGUGUGGAUGCUUUACUCCUAGACCUUAGACAAAAAUUUCCACCCAGAUUUGUGCAGCAAAAGUCUGGAGAAAAGCCUGUCCCAGUGGAUCAGACAAAGAAAGAGGCAGAACCUGUACCAGAAACUGUGAAAUCUGAGGAGAAGGAGACCACAAAGAACGUUCAACAGACUGUGGGCACUAAAGGCCCCCCUGAAAAACGAAUGAGACUUCAGUGAGUAUUGGACGAGAGAGACGCUUGCAAGACUCCUCUUGUCCAUAUUUUACCUCAUUACUGUGACAGGCUCUUGAACUUUAAAAUUCUGUGUCACAAUCAUUUGUAUAGAAUGUGCUUGUUCUUUGAGAAAGGAUAUAAGGAUGCUCACGCUUUCAGUCUGAAUAUUUUUAAAGUAUCUUUUGUAACCUUUUCCCUACUGGACUUGAGCAGCUUCCUCCCUCACAUGUUUACUGUGAUAUAUGUUUAAAGAUAAGAUAAAGGUAUUUGUAUAAAUUAGUUUGUCAUGACUUUUUCCCCCUUAUUUUCCCUCUGAAAUAUUUCCAGAUGCAUUUUGUAAACACAAAGGAUUAAUGUUAAAAUAUUAGCUAAGCUUAUUUUCUAUUAUUAGUAGCAUAUUCCUCAGUAUUAAAAUAGUAAAAUUACUGACAAUUUGAAAGGUAAAGAAAAGGAAAACAACCUCAUUAAGCAAUAUCACCACCCUACAGAUACUAUAACAGUGUGGUGGCAGUGGAAGCAUGGAGUCUUAACCACUGGACCACCAGGGAAGUCCCUGUGUGUAGAUAUUUUUAAAACCAUAGUUUGUAAUUAUUCUGUUCAUACAAUUUUGCUUUAUCAUAUUAUGUCUGUUGUAUGUGCUAUUCCAUGUUUACUUAGUUUUUAUGGACUAUUUAUACUUUGUUAACUGAAUAAUUCCUAUGAGUGAUUAUAUCUGUUUUCUUAAACUCUCCCUGUAUUGUACUUAAGUUUUUCCCAAUUUACAAUUUGCAUUAAGGCUGUAGUGAUUACAUUAUUUAAAUAAGGCUGUAGUGUAUCAUGAGUUUUCAGUAUUUAGUAUUUAUCUCCUUAGUAUAGAGUCCCAGCCGUAGAAUCAUUAGAAUCUGUACUUUUUUUUUUAGACCUGUUAUUACUCUAACGGCAAAAUAUGAAAGUACCAAGUUCUCUAAAAUCUCGCUGACACUGAGUACUGUCACCUACAUUUUUAGUGCCAAUUACGUAGCAAAAAAAUGGUGUUUCAUUAUUUUAAGUGGUUGAAUAAUUUCUCAUCUUUGAUUCCUUUCUGAAGUAUCUGAUUUUCUGUAUUGUGUAAGAUUUUUUAGUUUUUUUAUUUUGACAUAAUUUCAGGCUUACAGAAGAGUUGUCAGAGUAGUACAGAGAAUUCCUCUAUAUAUACCUUUUGCCCUAAUUCCCCGUAUAUUAACGUUUUCCAUAUUUGUCUUAUUCUUUAAUCUCUGUCUCUCUUUCCCUGUCCCUAACUACUGUUGUCAUUUGCUGUUUCUCUCUCCCUCUCUCUCUGUAUGUGUGUGUGUGUAUACAUAUACAUAUAAUACACACAUAUAUACACCUUUUAUUUUGGAUUAAGAGUCGGUUGCAAUCGUGAUGCCCAUUUUCCCUAAGAACUUUAGUGUGCAUUUCCUAAAAUCAAGGACAUUCUUUUACAUAGCCUUGGUAAAAGUAUCAGAAUUAAACCGGUAUGAUACCAUUAUCUAAUCUGUAGGUCUUAUUCAGAUCUUGCUAGUGGUGCCAAGAAUGUCAUUUACAGCAAAAGAAUAUCCUGAAUUGUGCAUUAGAUUUAGUUGUCCUAUCUCUUUAAUCUCCUUUAAUCUGGAACAGUUCUUUAAUCUUCCAUGUUUUUCAUGACUUGAUAUUUAAAGAGUUUAGGCCAGUUAUUUUGUUGAAUGUCUCUUAAUUUGGGUUUGUUUGAUAUAUUUUCAUAAUUAAAUUCACCUCAUGUACUUUAAAACAUUUUUUUUCACAUUCCAAGCAUUGUUUAUUCCAGGAUUGCGAGAAUGAUUCAACAAUUGGAAUCUAUUACUCUUAAUUAACAUAUUAAUUGCAAAAAUACACUUUUGUUAGGAAUACCAUGGGAAAGAUGCUUAUGGAGGCACAUGCUGUCAAUUUGUCCCAUUUCUGGUGAUGUUAACUUUGAUCAUAUGGUUAAGGUAGUGUUUGUCAGGUUACUCCACUGUAAAGUUAGAAUUUUUCUUUUUGUAAUUUAUAGGUAUUUUGGUGGGGGGAAGUAGUUUGAGGUCUAUAAAUACCCUGUUAUUGCUCAGAACUUUUACCCUCCAGUAGCAUUCACUGAUAAUUCUUGUCUAAAUCAUUUAUUGCUAUUAUGGUUGCCAAAUGGUGAUUUUCUAAUUCCUUCAUUCCUUCUGUGUUUAUUAGUUGGCUUUCUGCCAUAAAGAAGAGCUUUCCUUUCCCCCCUACUUAUUUAUUUAUAUCAUUGUAGACUCUUGGAUUCUUAUUUAUUCAAUGAGUUAUAUUUCUUUACUCUCAUUAAUUUAUAUUGAUGCUCAAAUUGUCCCAGAUUGGGCCAAUGGGAACCGUUUCAAGCUGAUUCUUAGGUCCUUUUGAUAUGACCUUGUCAUUCAUUGAGGAUUUUCUUUAUGUUUUGGCACAAUAAGAUAUCCCAGGCUCAUUCCAACUCUGGAGUCAGCCAUUUCUCUAAGGACCCCUAGUUCCUUUUGGUGGAGAAUAUAUUUGGAAAUCAAGAUCUGUGUGCAAGGUGUGUUCAUUUGCUACUGGGGUGUCAUGGCUUCUGGGCUUUGUCAGCUGAUAAAGUUAAGAAAUAGAUAUAUACUGGGACUUCUCUGGUGGCCCAGUGGUUAAGACUCUGUGCUUCCACUGCAGGGGGCAUGGGUUCUAUCCCUGGUUGGGGAACUAAGAUCUUGGAUGCUGCGUGGCCAAAAAAAAAAAGAAAAAGAAAUAGAUAUGUACAUAUGUGUGUGACAUGAGUGAAUACACAUAUGUCCACACACAUAUCUAUCUGUCUAUUCUAUAUAUAUUAAAAGCAACCAAUUCACACUGAUAACACCAAUUCCAGUUUAUUCAUCACAGGGUUCACUCUGUUCUCUUUCACAUUUGUAACUUUCUUCCACAUUGAUUAGAACUGUUUCUUGUUAUACACAAUGUUUGUACUUAUUUGCUUAAUCCUAGAAUAACAAAGUUGUUUUAGAAUUGCUAACCUAUACCUCUGCAAAAAAAGAAACCUCUUAAUUAGAAUUCAGUAUUUACUUAGAGUUCUUUUUGUCUUUAGUUUGUAGAUAUAUAGUUCAGAUACUGUGUUUAAAAAUUACUUGGGUUAAUUUUUUUUUUCAGUGUGGUUACACUACUCAUUUAUCAGAUGUUCCAGUUCAUUUGGUUCUGUUUUGAAUUCCAUUUUAGUUUUUCCCCUCAUUAUUAUUGAUUACUUUGUUUUGUUGUUGUACUGUGGGAUGUGUGAGUUGUUAGCAUAGUUCUUAAUGUCAAACCUGUCCAAAAGAGAUUCUAAGUAUCAUACCCCUUCUUCAUUUCUUCUAUCUUUUCCACCUUAUUCCUACCUGGCCCUCUCGAAGACAUGAACGUAAUUAGUCUCUAGUUUACCUUUACUGUAUUUCUGCUGCACAAAUGAAUAGAUGUUUUCUUAUUUCCCCUUCUUACACAAAAGGCAGCAUAUUAUAUGAACUUUUGCACUUUGCUUACUUUCCACUUAUUUAAGCAUGAACUUUGACAUAAAGAUAUUAACUCUAGUAUUUUUUCAACUUUUUAUUUCCAGCAAAGCUCCUUUUUCUUUCACUUACAUUAUUUUAAAAUAUCACUUAACAGAAAAGUACACAAAAUAAUAGUACAGUUCAUUGUACCUGUGUAACUUACCAUGCAGGUAAAGAAAUUGAACAUUGCCAAUACCCCAGAAGCUCCUUUAUGUCCCCUCCUAAUCACAAUGUUUGUCCUGAUUAGAGGUCACACUUAUCCUCAGUUUUAUGGUAAUCACUUUUUUCUUUACAUUUUUACCACAUCACCUUGCAUCCCUAAAUAAAUUUUUAGUUUUUAUUGCCUACUUUUUAUUUUUAGUAUGAAUAGAUUCAGUAUGUGUAUUUCAUGUAUGACUUAUUUUGUUCAAUACUAUGUUUGUGACAUUUAUCAUAGUUGUUUCAUGUUAUUGUGGUUCUUUUAUUUUCAUUUCUGUACAGUAUUCCUUUACAUACAUGUAUUACAACUUAAAAAAAUCCAUUCUAAUGGUGAUGGACAUUUGGAUUGUUUGUAGUUUUUGGCUAUUGUGAAAAAUUGCUUUUAUGAAUAUUCUUUUUGGUGUAUAUUAUAGGCUGAAUUGUGUCAUCUCACCCCCCCUCUCCACCCCCAACAUGUUGAAGUCCUAACUCCCAGUACCUCAGAAUGUGAUGUUAUUUGGAAAUAGGGUCAUUUCAGAUGUUAUUAGUUAAGAUGAGGUCUUGCUAGAGUAGGCUGAGACCCUAAUCUGAUGUGACUGGUAACCUUAUAAAAAGAAUGCCACAUGAAGAGACAAAGGGAGACACCAUGUGAAGAUAGAAGAUUGGAGUGUUGCAUCUACAAGCUUAAAAACACCAAAGAUUGGCACCAAAUUACCGAAAGCAAGGAAGAGGCAAGGAAGGAUUCUCCUGUAGGUUUCAGGGGGAACAUGGCCCUGCACAUACCUUGAUUUUGGACUUCUAGCCUUCAGAACUUUGAGAUAAUAAAUUUCUAUUGUUUUAUUUUCCAGUUUAUACUCCCACCAGCAGUGUGCGAGAGUUCCUAUUGUCCACACCUUUGUUGACCCUUGAUACUGGCAACUAAAGAAAAUUUUAGUCAUUCUGAUGGGUAUACAGUGGGAUCUUGUUGAGGCUGAAAUUUGUAUUUCCUGGUGAUUUGAUGAUGUUAAGCAUUCUUUCCUGUGAUUGUUAGCUACUUAAAUAUCCAUUUUUGUGAAGUGUGUCUUUUGCACAUUUUUCUACUGUUUUGUCUGUGUUUGUCUUAUAGAGUAAGACGAGUCCUUUGUAUGUUUGGAUAAGAGUCCCUUGUUGGUUACAUGUAUUGUGUUUAAAUGUAUCUUCUCUCCACUCUGGCUUGCCUUUUUACCCUUUAAUGGUGACCUAAAAAUGAUCAGAAGUUCUUAAUUUUAAUGUAGCUCAGUUUGUCACUCUUCUCCUUUAUCAUUAAUGCUUUUUUGUGUCUUGUUUGAGGUUUUUCCCUACAUUGAGGUUAUGAAGAUACACUCCUCUGUGAUUAUCUACAAGCUUUAUUAUUUUACAUUUCACAUUCAGGAGUAGAGUCCAUUUGGUUGGGAUUGAUCUAUAAAUCAAUUUGGGGAGAACUGACAAUUUAGCAAUAUCGAGUAUUCAGAACCACUGACUUGUUAUGUUCCUCCUUUUAUUUAGAUUUUCUUUAAUUUCUCAGAGUAAAGUUAUGAGCUUUCAGAGUACAGGUCUUGUACAUGUUUUGUUAAAGUUACCCCUAAGCAUAACGUGUUUUUUUGAUGCUGUUGUAAAAGAUGUUUAAAAAUUUUAAAUUUCCAUUUGUUUGUCUCUAGUAUAUAGACCUUGUAUCCUGUUACUUUACUAAAUUCAGUAAUUAGUUCUGGUAGUUUUUUUGUGCAUUGCUUAGGAAUUUCUACAUCCAUGAUCAAUGUCAUCUGGGAAUAAAAAGAGUUUUAUCUUCAAUCUGUAUACCUUUCAAAAAAUU